CGCGAGAGCGGCGCUCGGCACUUAGUGCGCAGGUGCGAAGGAGCUGGCUGGGGCCCGGGCCAGGGGAGGGCUUGAAGACGCGUCGUUUGGAUUUGGAGACUGUGGCAAAGCUAUCUGGGUUCGACCUCUGGGCGAAAAGCAUUUGUCAGGGGCCCAUCCUAGAACGAAGCCUAAGAGAUUCCCGAUGGUGUCCAUGACUUUCAAGCGGAGCCGCAGUGACCGGUUCUACAGCACCCGUUGCUGCGGUUGUUGCCAUGUCCGCACCGGGACGAUCAUCCUGGGGACCUGGUAUAUGGUGGUAAACCUAUUGAUGGCAAUUUUGCUGACUGUGGAAGUAACUCAUCCAAACUCAAUGCCAGCUGUCAACAUUCAGUAUGAAGUCAUUGGCAAUUACUAUUCAUCUGAGAGAAUGGCUGAUAAUGCCUGUGUUCUUUUUGCUGUCUCUGUUCUUAUGUUUAUCAUCAGUUCAAUGCUGGUAUAUGGAGCAAUUUCUUAUCAAGUGGGUUGGCUGAUUCCAUUCUUCUGCUACCGGCUUUUUGACUUCGUUCUCAGUUGCCUCGUUGCUAUCAGUUCUCUCACUUACUUGCCAAGAAUCAAAGAGUAUCUGGAUCAACUACCUGAUUUUCCCUACAAAGAUGACCUCUUGGCAUUGGACUCCAGCUGCCUCCUCUUCAUUGUUCUUGUGUUCUUUGCCUUAUUCAUCAUUUUUAAGGCAUAUCUAAUCAACUGUGUUUGGAACUGCUAUAAAUACAUCAACAACAGGAACAUGCCGGAGAUUGCUGUGUACCCUGCCUUCGAAGCACCUCCACAGUAUGUUUUGCCAACCUAUGAAAUGGCAGUGAAGAUGCCUGAGAAAGAGCCACCGCCUCCUUACAUACCUGCCUGAAGAAGUUCUGCCUUUGUCAAUAAACCCUAUACCAGCUUUUCGUCUUGUUUAUUUUACAGAAUGCUGCAAUACAGGGCUCUUCAAACUUGUUUGAUAUAAAAUACACUUUCCUUUGUUUAAGCAUUUAUUUUCAAACACUAACAAGCUUUUUUGACAUCUAUUCGAAGUCGGUUUUAUUGUUUUUUUUUUUACCAUUAUGUCUAUUACAUUUUAAUAGUGUUUUUGAAGACAAUCUAGGUUAAGCAAGAGCAAAGUGCCAUUGUUUGCCUUGAAAGGGGGGAGGGAUGGGGGUGUUCUCUACACAUUUUCUUUUGUAACUUUGCACUUUCUUUAUAUAAUAGUUUGCAUUUUGGUUAUUUGCUGCCCUGGGUACUUUCAGGAAGAAUGACUAAAAUAUUCAGGGUGAGUAAGUUGGGUAUAAGAUCUGAAGUUUUCGGCUAUGAAAACAGGAAAAAUCUAUACCAUUUUAACUUGACUGUGGAAGAUGACGGUUGCACGUUUCUAAUUUGUAUGUGUUUCCAUCUUUGUGAUAAGAUGCUUUAAUAAAUCUCUUAAAUAUU